CUGAUAUGUCGGAGCGUCCCGGGGCAGCAGGAUCCAGGUCCGGGUCUGGGUCUGAGUCUGGGAUGCUGAGGCCGGGGACAGUGCGGCCAAUUGGGGCAGAGGCGCUGGUGGCCCUGCUGGAGGGGGGUUUGGACCGCGUGGUGCUGAUCGACAGCCGGCCCUUCGUGGACUACAAUGCCUCGCAUAUCCUGGAGGCAGUCAACGUUAACUGCUCCAAACUGAUGAAAAGAAGGCUGCAGCAGGACAAAGUCCAGAUUGCAGAACUGCUGCAGCACUCAGCCAAGAAAAAGUUGGAGCUGCAGGGUGACCAGGAAGUUGUCGUAUAUGACCAGAGUUCUUCAGACGUGGCAUCUCUGAGCUCCGACUCCUUCCUUUGUGUCCUGUUGGUCAAACUGGAGAGGAGCUUCCCCUCCGUCCACCUGCUGUCAGGUGGUUUCUCCGAGUUCUCUCACCUGUUUCCAGGUCUCUGUGAGGGGAAGUCCACCCUGGUUCCCUCCUGUAUCUCUCAGCCCUGCCUGCCAGUGACCAACAUUGGGCCGACUCGCAUCCUGCCGCACCUGUACCUGGGCUGCCAGAGAGACGUCCUCAACAAGGAUCUAAUGCAGCAGAAUGACAUCGCUUAUGUCCUGAAUGCCAGUAACACCUGCCCCAAACCUGACUUCAUCCCAGAGUCCCACUUCCUGCGAGUUCCUGUCAACGACAGCUUCUGUGAGAAGAUCCUCCCCUGGUUGGACAAAUCAGUGGAGUUCAUUGAGAAGGCAAAAGCAUCAAACGCUCGGGUCCUGGUCCACUGUCUGGCUGGCAUCUCUCGCUCAGCCACCAUCGCCAUCGCCUACAUCAUGAAGAGAAUGGACAUGUCACUGGAUGAGGCGUACAGGUUUGUGAAGGAGAAGAGGCCGACCAUCUCCCCCAACUUUAACUUCCUGGGCCAGCUGCUGGACUUUGAGAAGAAGAUCAAAAGUCUGAACAGUACUGACACCAAACUCAAGUCUCUCCAUAAUCCAGAGCCCAGCCAAGACCCGGAGCCGGCUCAGGAACCUGUUGCUGAUCAGGAGGUCCCCCCGGGUCCCGGACUGGCUCUGCUGGAGCCCCUCACCCUGCCCUGUGUUCUGGCUGACGCCCCUGAGGAGCGUCUGCUGGCCCAGGCUCUGAGUGGCCUUCAGCUCAGCGAUGGAGCCGAGGACAGCGCCCGGCUGAAGCGAUCCUUUUCUCUGGACAUCAAGUCGUACGGUGAACCUGGCGGGAACGCCACGCACCGAGUCUAUGUUGGCCCAGGGGACACUGGGAGACCGUCUGCCUUCAAAGAGCCAGCCAGUAAACCGUGCCAGUUCUCCCCGGUGCAGGAGGUUUCAGAACAAUCGACUCCAGAGCAGAGCCCCGACAAGGAGGAGGCCAGCGGACCGGAGAGAGCAGCCCCACCUCCCCCCAGCGGAUUCAGCACCAAACAAGCCAGCGCCAAGCCUCUGCCUGCCGCCAGCUGCUCACAGCAGCUGCAGCGCAGCGGCAGCGUAGAGGAGAACGCUACCAGCUUCCUGUUUGGUCUGUCCCGCAGCCAGCAGCAUUUGGCCAAACCCGGGUCAGGCAGUGCCCUGAAAGGCUGGCACUCUGACAUCCUGCUGGGCCCAGUCACCGUAUCCACCUCGUCGCUGGCGGGUGGAUGGUACCUUUCUUCAGAGUCCACGCGCUUUUACUCCACGUCGGCCAUCUUGAGCAGUGGCGGUGGCUUCGCAGCAUACAGUUGCAGCCAUGGCCUGGAGGCGGUACGGCGUCGCAGCCGGCAGAGGACAGGCGACCGCGGAGACUCGCGGCGGAGCUGGCACGAAGAGAGCAGCUUUGAGAAGCAGCUGAAACGGCGCAGCUGCCAAAUGGAGUUUGGAGACGGGAUGACGGACAGCCGGUCCCGGGAGGAGAUGGGGAAGGUGGGGAGUCAGUCGAGCUUCUCCGGCAGUAUGGAGGUCAUCGAGGUGUCCUGAGAGUCCGAGAGAAUGUUCUCAGAAACAUUUUGGUAGAAUGAUUCAGACACAGCUUCAGUCUGUUGAAAACUCUCACAGUUUAUAAGGUGAAGGAGAGUAAAACACAGCAACACACAGCGGCAGACGGACCAUCAGUGUUUGGGCUCAUCUGGAGCUUCUCACACCAAAAUCACCUGAUCAGGAAUUCAUGUGACAUGAAUAUAUGACAUCACCUUUGUUGAAUAAAGCAGAGGUGUCCAUAUGUGCAGAUGCAUGAUGGGAGUUAAUGACAUGUCUUUUUUCAGUCAGACCAUGUUUCACAUAGUAACAAGGAAUAAUCUGACACAGUCUCUGCUGACACAGACUCCACACUGGCAGCUGGAAGUAUUUUAUAUAGAACACAGAUGCUCCAGACUGAAUCACACCUGGCUGAAAAAUGCUAAAAAACUAAAUCAUUUAAAGAAAUACCAAGAAUUACCAGAGGAGUAAAUCCACAUUAAAUGGUUAAGUUUAUCUGUUUGUCAGUGCUACAGCCAAGCUUUCUAAUCACCAUUUUAGAAUCUUACAGGUUUCAUUGUGGACAGUAUAUUGAAAUUAUAAUCUAUUUUUUUAAAAAACAAAAAAAAACCUCAGCAGACACUGAUGUGGACGUGGACAGAACGGAUCUUCAUUUAGACCCUGAUGAAUCCCGCUGCGCUGCUGCUGUGUGCUGCUUUGACCUCUGACAUUUCUGAAUGUGAUGAAAAAGGAUGACGGACAGUUUCCUGACGGACGCUGAGCCUUUGAAUGUUUGAGUCCUGGUCGGCUUUAAACACGAUUUUCUCACUGACACAAGGAACUAUACCAGACUGUUUCCUAUUUUUCUGCCCAUCCUUCUCUGAUCCAAAUGCUCGUUUUUGUUUUUUGUUUUGGUAGAUUUUUUAAAAUUGACAGCUAAAAUCUCAGGUGUUUUCUGAGCUGCAGGGAAACGUUCACCUGGUCAGGAGACGAUUAUAAUGACGGACGACUCAGCUGUCGGAGCAGGCGGUUUUUUGUUUUGUUUUUUUUAAGAGGCUGGGACUCUUCAGUGACAGAGCGCUCAGUGAAAACUGUUAAAACACACAAACAUAUUCACAGUUAAUCUUUGCACUACUGUGGUCUGGAAGGUGGUUUUGAUUAAAAGUGUAUAAAGAGGUGAAA